UGGCGCUUGUGUCGCAUGGCGGCGUUUUUAAGUUUGAGUUGUUGAUAAUGAUAUUAUAUUCUAACUAGUUAAUCGCUGUAUCUUGAUUUACUAUUCGGCCUCAUUCUUUGAUGAGCGUGUCUCUAAAAUAUGUCAACGUCUUCUGUAUGCUCAGAAGAUGUCGGUAGUACAAGUGCACAGACUGAACAUGAAAACACAUCACGAGCCGCCGAGAUUCUCCGGUCAUCUCUUGGCUUGGCGAUAAAAAAAUGUAUCUCAGUAAAAUACAGGGCUUUUACAGACGCCUACAAGGACGUGCACACAGCAAAUCCAGCGGGGCUGAAUAAGGUUUAUUGCCAGUUCAUAAAUGGGUUAAAGGAAGGCAUCAAGGAAGAAAUUGAGGGUCUCUGCCUUGAGGGGAAUGUAAUGCAACUCGUCAGCGACUUAUACAAAAUCAAGAGAGAGAAUCCUGGCACAGGCAAAGCAUGGAGACCGAGUGGACAACCCAGGGAGGACCUACAAGCGCAUCUGCUGCCCGUGAAAUUAGAGCAUAAAUCCACGCUAGAGAGCAUGCUGAAACAGCUGCAAGAGGAGAACACUGCCCUACAGCAAGCCGUCCUCGCUCGGCGACGCCACCUACAGGACAGAAUGCUCAAACAACAAGAGCUGCAGGUGGAUCUGCUAGCAACCCCAGGCUCAUCAUAUCUCCACGAGAUAGAGCAGUAUAUGCUGAAUACGAAAUGAUGUACUGGGGUGAACACUCGUAGUGUGUGCGUGCGUGCGUGCGUGUGUGAGGACAGGCAGGGCUGGGGUGAAUGCUGGUACUGUAUAUCAAAUCCUUGUAAAACAAUUUACAUAAUAGCUACGUUGUGUAAACUUUAUUAUAGUUGUAAUUUGCAAAGCACAUACCAAUAUUAUGUUGUAUAUACCCCCUUGCUAUAUUAUGAUCACAUAUGUACAGACGUCAUGCAACAUGGCACCAAUAUAACUUGUAGACUUUUUAGCUGAAUUGUCAAUAAAAUUAUGUGCAAGAUAAUUGGUCUAUUGUCACCGUGACUUCUGUGCACACACUCAUUAAAUAGUGCAGUUAUACAUAUUAUGAUCCUGCUGCUACACGCAUGAGCUGUCCGCCCUCAUUUUCUCCAGUACUGAAAGAAAGAACACAGAACGUCUUACACAAAUGCACAUCCCUGCUGGGAAAGAUUAAUUAACACCUGUUGUACACCUUUUUCAGGUUAUACUAGAAUCAUGGCAGUUCUACAGAGAAUAGUUAGUCAUGACAUAUUCUCUGAGUCUUAAUAUGAUUAAGUACCUUUUAUAUGUUGUAAUGCACAUGUGAACAUAUUGCAGUACAACAUGUACAAUAAAAUUUUAUUUUAUUAUUUUCUAUAUUUAUAAAGUAGAUUAGAUACAAUAAUGUAACCCAAACCCAGGAUGUACCAAUAAUGUAACCCAAACCCCUAUCCUGGGUUUGGGUUACAUUGUUGUAUCUAAAAGUAGAUAGACUGAUCCUGGACUGGGGUACUUGCUGUUAUUUCCAACACUGCUUUAGGAAAAAAUCGUAUCACUCUACAUUACGUUUGGUGAGACAAAUGUAGCCACGCUUCCUUGGUAAAGAACAGUAUUGAAAAUAACAGCCUUUCCCUUAGUCAGGGACCAGCAACUUUUGAGCAAGACUGGCUAAUUUGGACAUAUUUCACUAAUUUACAAUAUGUUAUAUGAAAGAAGGAAUUUUCGGAAGCAGUACUGACAGGGUUUUUAGAAUUAUUUGCUAAAGAGGCUAUCAAGUAGGGGUGUAACGAUUAACUGUGAUUCAACUAUCCUGGUACAUCCUAUUCGAUUUGGUUUUCUUUCCUUUUUUUCGUUUUGGUUCCGGGAAAUACAUUCAACCCACUCUCAGUUAGGGGAGCGCACACGCCGAGCAAACGGCUCAGCACUUACGCCAAGCCCCUAAACUACUAGUCUAAUAGUCUAUUUUGGUCAGGUAGAUCACUUUAAUGAAUAGUAUUAUGACUAUUAUCCGUGAACUGUAUUACUUUAUUGUCUUUUGGCCAAUGAAUAAAACAAUAAAUGUAUAAUA